GAACGUAAUGACAACGCAACUUUUGAGGGAAAAAAAAUCCUUCAAUUUCAAAUGAACACAAACCCUAAUUUCCCUUUUAUAUAACAAACUCCAAAUCUUCAGUUAACUGAAACACACAUUGCCUCUUUCAUCCUCACAUGGAUUCAACUCGUGUCUCUCAUAACCUUGGGGAUCCCAAAAUUCGUCAAGUUGGUUUCUUCGUUCCCGAAUCCUCCACCACCGAUUCCCACAAGAUACUGUCGCCAAGUCAUCUUCCCGUUCCGGAGAUGCAGAAUUCCGUCCAUGGCCAAGUGACAUCUCGGAGCUAUGAUCCCUCGGAAAACCGAAACCUUGAAACUGGCAUUGAAAAGAGGGAAGAUGAAGAGAUAGAGGUUAUAAAAUCAAGGUCAAAGCCGCUGAAAGAAAAAACUACCAAAGCGGAGAGGCGAGCCUUGCAAGAAGCACAGAGAGCUGCUAAAGCUGCUUCUUCUAACGUCGAGGGAAGUAAGGCUGUUGCUGGAACUGGUAGAGCUGCCUUGGGUAAAAGUACAAAGCAGUCUUCACAAAAGAAAGCUGGUCCUUCUUCUCCAGUGGCUGCUGAUAAAAAAGCAGGAGAUCGACCUUUGGAUAAAGACAGGAAAAAGGAUGCUCCUCAUCCACGAUUGCAAUUUGAUGAUGAAAGCCGAAUGGAAAGGGCUAGAAGGCGUGCAGUAGUCAAUCCAACUGAAUCUAGAACCAGAGUUGAAUUAUUUCAGCAUUUGCCUCAAUAUGAACAUGGGACUAAGCUUUCUAGUCUUGAAUCAAAGUUUUUCCACCUUGAUUUAGUUCACCCUUCUGUAUUUGAGGUAGGUCUUCGUUAUUCGGCAGGAGAAAUAUCUGGGGGUAAUGCUCGUUGUAUAGCAAUGCUAAGAGCACUUCAAGAUGCCAUUAGAGAUUACUGCACAGAUCAUGAAAAGGCCCUUGUUAGGAAUUUAACUGCAAAAAUCAACAGUUAUGUUUCAUUCUUUGCUGAAUGCAGACCACUUUCAAUGAGCAUGGGAAAUGCAAUUAGGUUUGUAAAGAGUCGUAUUGUCAACCUGUCUUUAAAUUAUUCUGAGUUUGAGGCAAAAACAACCCUGUGUUCAGAUAUUGACCGGUUUAUAAAUGAAAAAAUAAUUCUUGCUGAUAAGGUGAUUGUCCGACAUGCUUUUACAAAGAUUAAGGAUGGGGAUGUGCUUCUCACAUAUGGAUUGUCAUGUGUUGUUGAGAUGAUUCUUUUAUAUGCCCAUGAACUGGGUAAAAAGUUUCGUGUUGUCGUGGUCGAUUCCCAGCCAAGGCUAGAAGGUCAGGCCUUGCUUCGUAGGCUAGUGGCUAAGGGUCUAAGUUGCACAUAUACUCAUAUAAAUGCUGUUUCUUAUAUCAUGCAUGAGGUCACACGAGUUCUUCUGGGAGCUUCUGCAGUUUUGUCUAAUGGAACUGUAUAUUCAAGGGUUGGGACUUCUUGUGUUGCAAUGGUGGCUCAUGCAUUUCGUGUUCCUGUAUUGAUCUGUUGUGAAGCAUAUAAAUUUCAUGAAAGGGUGCUACUGGAUUCAAUAUGUUCUAACGAACUAGGUGACCCAGAUGCUAUUGCCAGGGUUCCUGGACGAAUAGAUGUCAAUUAUCUGGAUAAUUGGGCCAGUGAAGACAAUUUGAGGCUUUUGAAUUUGAUGUAUGAUGCUACUCCUUCAGAUUAUGUGUCGGUUAUCGUGACGGAUUAUGGCAUGCUUCCUCCUACAAGCGUGCCUGUAAUAGUACGUGAAUAUCGAGAGCAUUUGUUGAUGUAGACACAGAAAAGUCAGAAAGUGGUGUUAACAGCCGCAAUCGAUUUAGAUUAAUGGAAAUUUUUUAUAUAUCAUUUUAGUAAAUUAGGCUUUCAAUUCCCCAGCAUCAGCAAUUUCGGAGGUGCAUUUAUUUUCAAUUAUAUAAUUAUUUAUACUCUGCGUUGUAAUGAUUGAUAAUGAUGUGUCGAAGAAAUAACAGGGAUCUUAGUUGAGGCCAUUGAGCAUCAUCUUUUACUAUUGGGUCAUAUUUGUACAACCCCAUUAGUUAGUUUCCUAUGUUUUUAUCAGCACUUGGCAGCAUGCCGAAGCUGAGAUAAUCACAACGUCAAGUCUGAAGACGAUUGACAUAUGACUCCUGGGAUAUUAUUAUAAUAAUGAAAUGUCACCUUAUUUUGCUUUUCUUACUAAUUUAACUGUCAUUUUCCCCGUGUAAAAUAUAUAUUGUCUUUUCAGUCAUGGUUCUAGAUCCAAACAAACAACAGAAUUAAUAAAUUUUUUUCAAGUCUUCCUGUAAGUGUUUGAUAUGUAGCCUCGGUCUCAAUGGUGUCAGCUCAAGCAUACGUUUUCUGUGUGUGAAGUGAGGACACAAAAGUUGGCACAAAGCGAGGAGUCCAUCUACUUGAUGCAUAUUUGAUUUUUCUCUGGGUUAGUAAUUUUCAGAACUGUACAUCAUAAUUAUAUAUUAAUAUGAUACAACGAGAAGUACUUUAAGAACAAAACACCCACCACUUACCCCUUCUAAGUUGAAGUGGCAACGGCCCAAAGUCAACAUAUAAUCUAACAGUGACAGUAAUGAAGCCCGAUUAAUUAAUCAAUUAAUCUGUAGCCGUUUCCAUCUUCUAUCAUUACUUUGGCUUCUUAUCAGAACUUGCAGGACUAUUAUCUGUUGCAGCAGCAGCUGCUGCCAAUUCCAUCAACCGCUUAUAAUCUAUUUCAGUGGAUUUAAACUUAAACUUGACGCCAACCUGAAUCCAUGACUUGAUACAAAGAAUUUCCUGUGUGCUGUCAUGUGGCAUACAGAUUCGUUGCUUGUCAAUUUCAUCACCCUUGCCACAGAAAAGUUCUUCAGGCACAACUGAAGUUGCCUGCACAGCCAGGAAAUCUCUAGCCAUAACAGAUAGUCGAGGGUAGCGUGUACUGUUGACCUUCCACCACUCUAGAACAUCUGUUGGUAUUGGAGCUGGAGCCUCUGAAAGGUACUGUGUUAGCUCAUCAGUAGCAGAACUCAUGGUUGUCCUUCGCUUCUUGCGUGCAAUUUCCUCUGCAAAGGAAACGCUUCCUGCUUCUUCAAUUUCUUGAGCAUUGUAUCCAGAACUCAUGGAUGAGAAAUGGCUGGUAGAAUAAUUUCUUAUAAAAUGGGAUCUCGCUUCGUCCAAAAGGGUUUCCGAGUUUAAACUAUCAGGGAUCAGCUCUCCCUUUAUUCGAGGAUCUAGAAUUGCAGUCAUAUAAGUGAAUAUGUUGCAAACCUGGUGGAUGUAGUUUCUGGCCUUUUUAGCCAUUUCUUCUGCAGCAUUUUUUAGCCAUUCUGGGCUGUGGCGCGAUUCUCUGCAGGAAUUAAUGGUCUCUGAUAUGUGAUCCAUGAAGAAAAGCACAAGCCCAACCGUUGGCACCUUACUUGUGCAGAUGUUGUUUGUGGUUUUGUAGAAUGGUUCAAGAUAUUGAUGCAUGAUGCUAACCACACUUUUGUCAGAAGAUCCCAGCAGCAUCCUGCUGCCUAGCAUUUCUUCGUAUUUUCGAAUAACAGCAUCCACUGAUUUACCUGCCUGCACCACAAAAUAUACACCUUAUUUUACUCUUGUUCCAUAUUUCGAUGGAAAUGGCCAUGCAUACAUCACAAGACAUCUUAAUUCCUAUGAUUCAAUUUACACGUGUGACGUAACAUGCUACAUUGUUGUAGUAAACAAAUCGAAAAAUAUCAACAUCAAGACAGGCUGAAUUCAUCACCAAACACAGAAAAAUUCUUACAGUUAGCAGACGAGCAAACUUGGGGCACUUGAUGCACGUAAAGUUAUUCCAAAUAUAAGUUGUCUUGAACAACAUUGGUACUAAAAUGCAAGAAUUAUCUUUUUCUUUAGAUUCUUGUGCGCAGUAACUAAAAACAGGUGAAAAUAUAAUGGUCUACCUUGCGAACAAGAUCAAGCAUUUGGUAGUUUCCACUCCACCUCGCUGAAAUAUCAAGAGGAAAUUUCCACAUGCCUUCUUGAUAAGCAGUGGAUAUUUGAAUAAAAUCCUCAGAGAUCACUGGUGAGGCAUUUAACUCUAUUACAAACUCCCGUAUCUUAGAAAUUACUUGUUUUGCAGAUCUCAAUCCAUCAUCUAUUAUCACAUUCAAAGUUCGAGCAGCACAGGGAAUAUAACAGAAAGGCCCUAUUUUCUGGCCAUCUAAGUCCUCUUUCAAAGUAUGGCAAGCAUGCAUGGCACUUGUACUAUUGUCGUGGGUACAGGACAGAAUUCUGGUUUCAAUAUUGUAAAAUUUGAGAACUUUUACGAGGGACCGAUAUAUCUCUGUACUCCCACAUGGAUAAGGUAUUCGACAGAUAUCAAGAAGCAACUUCUGGAAGCACCAGUUUUCGUCGAUCCAUUGACAUGUCACACUCAUAUAGUAAAUCUGUUCAAAGGAGGUCCAGAAAUCAAGUGUAAUGGACAACUUUGAAGAAACCUGUUCCAACAAUGCUCUUACAUCUUCCCUCAUGCUUCUGAAGACUUCAUCAAGUACAGUUCUAUACUUGUCACUUGGCCAGAGUUGUAUGGAAGGAUUCAAAAACUUGUAGGAAUUCACAAGCCACUUCUCUUCUAGAAUUGAAGGAGGAAGAGCAGUUAGAACAAGCCACCUAACGAGCAACCAAUUUAGAUGAUCAUAAUCCACCUGGUUUGCUUUUCCUGGAGGCUGUGACUUCUUCACCACAGUGAUAGGCCUUGCAGCUGAAUUGCUGACAGCGUCACCUGACUUGUCAUAACCUGGAUGGCGAUUAGCAAGAUGCCUUCCCAGAUUACCUUCACGAACAAAGGAACAUCAGUACAUAUACAAGUGGGUGAUGCUUUUGACUUCUAACCAGACAAUGAGUUAAUAUGUAUUGAGGUUUGUGGUAAGUGUUAAUAUAUAUUUUAGAAAGCAUUUUGAGCAACAAAGGAGUUCCUCCA